AUGUUGAAGCCUGAAACCUCCAUUGGGAAAAGUUCAUCUAACAUCAUUCGCUAUGCGAGCUAUCGCCUCUGGAGAAUCACGAAUCGGCUGUGGGAAAAUCCAACUUGCUCUCCCGCUUCGCCCGUAACGAGUUCGACGCCAACUCCAAGGCCACCAUCGGCGUCGAGUUCUAGACCCAGCUCGUCGACAUCGACGGCAAGGAAAUCAAAGCCCAGAUCUGAGACACCGUCGGCCAGGAGCACUUCGGGGCCGUCACCUCCGCCUACUACCGCGGCGCCGUCGUGCCCUCGUCGUCUACGACAUCACCCGCCGUCGGCUUCGAUUUCCAGCAGCAGCUGA